AUGGUCGAGACCGCUUCCCAUCCCGAUCAAAAUGACACGGUCAUGGACUCCGUUGUCCCCAAGUCCGAGCCGCUGCCGGAUGGUUCCAUCUCCUCGACGGUUUCAACCCCCGAUGCCGAGGCAGAGCCCUUGACGCAGGAUCCAGCCCAGACUCAGAAACGAAAAGGUGGCCGCAAACCGAUCUAUGCCACCUCGGAGGAGCGCAAACAGCGCAACCGUCAGGCGCAGGCAGCCUUCCGAGAACGUCGUACAGAGUACAUCCGUCAGCUCGAGACUACCAUCAAGCGUAAUGAAGAGUCACUGCAGAGCCUACAGCAGAGUCAUCGUAGCGCCGCGGAUGAAUGCCUGAUGCUGCGGUAUAAAAACUCCUUGCUGGAACGCAUCCUACUAGAAAAAGGUCCGCUCUUCGUCCUUUCCACCCUUUGCGCCCUUCUCUUAGCACGACUGACCCAUGCUUUCUAUCCAGGCAUUGAUGUACAAGCUGAGUUACGGCUGAAAACCGGCGCCCCCGGAGCGGCCAAGGCAAAUCCAGGGCCUCCCAAAACCGCCCCGGGGCCGACGGGACCUCGUUCUGUCCAAAGACAUUCGGCCGGCCUGGCCUCCAAGCCCGAUGCGUUCGGUCUAUCACAGCGCGAUGGUGCCUAUGGGGUCUCUUCGCCCCAGUUCCAGGCCACCCCGACCUCCCAUGUCUCCUCGCCGUCCCAUGCCAAGUCUCCAGGCUUCGGCUUUCAGGGCAUGUCCCCCGUCGGAGUGGAGGCUCAGGGCGCUGGACGUCCACAGUUGCUCCCGCAGCCCCGAGCUUUUAGCAACCAAACCUCUCCUCCGGCGAUCAGUAUGCCGCAGACUGAUCCCACGGAUGCGAAGCUUCGGGGUCCUCGUGGUGCUGCUCGCGUUGCCGCGGCCUAUUACCCAUCUCCUUUCCAGAAACAUUACGACCAACUUGAACAAGAAUACGAUGCACAGGCCGAUCUAGUGGACGAGGACCAUGAAAGUUCUGCCAAUACGUCCUACGUCCCGGGCUUCACACCGCAGUCAGUUGCCUCGGGCCUGUCCGGGUUCAACCCACCGCCCGGCGGGGACGGAGCGCCCGGAGACUACGCCAGUGCCAACCAUCUCCUGGGCCAAUAUGAGCCCAUGCUGGACGCGGACCCUUUCGGCCUCAGUGCCAGUAUGCAUUUCCCCACUCCGUUUAACUAUGAGCAGAACAAUUCUCGCCAUUGA